GAGAGAGGGAAGGAGCAAGAAACAAAAAGAGAAAGCAAACAGAAAGAAAUCGAGAGAGAGGAACAGAGAGAGAGGAACAGAGAGAGAGGGACAGAGAGAGGGUAAAAGCACCUAGAGUCAUGAAGCCGAAUCUGCCACGGAGGAUGCAGUAUCAACAGUGAUAUAGUGGCUUUAUAUAUAUUUCAAAUAUAUUUGAUACGGCGCUACCAGUGUGGAUGGUGGCCAGGAGACUCACUGGCAGACUAGGACCAGUAUGAAAUGGAUACAUGGGAAGAUGAUCAGGCUGACCCGCGCUUGUGCCUCAUCUGUGGCGACCGUGCGACGGGCCUGCACUAUGGCAUCAUCUCCUGCGAGGGCUGCAAGGGCUUCUUCAAGCGCAGCAUCUGCAACAAGCGCGUCUACCGCUGCAGCCGCGACAAGAACUGUGAGAUGUCGCGCAAGCAACGCAACCGCUGCCAGUACUGCCGCCUGCUCAAGUGCCUACAGAUGGGCAUGAACCGCAAAGCAAUCAGAGAGGAUGGAAUGCCAGGGGGAAGGAAUAAGAGCAUUGGACCUGUCGAGAUUUCGAAUGAAGAAAUGGAGCGCAUUAUGACAGGCCAGGAGUUCAAGGAGGAUGCUGGUUUGCCAGAGCACACCUGGGGAAACAACGGGGACAGCGACCACAGUUCCCCCGACAAUGGUGUCUCCGAGGGCAACCAACCCUCGCCGGUCUCCACCCUGUCGUCCAGCAAGUCCCUGGAAAUGAAUAGCUACACUGCUACCUACCGGGACCAGUACGUGGGCACGCCCGUGUCCUCACACUACAAGUUCCUGCCGCACCUUUUUGGUUAUGCCCAGUCAGUCCUUAGGCCCACCCUGGCCCGCAGCCUGUACUCCCAAUCACAGACCCUUGUCUCCCAACUGGUGGCAGCUGAGGACCUGGCCCCCCUGGGGACCCCCAUGCUCAUAGAAGAUGGGUACAGGGUGACCCAGGGGGAGCUGUUUGCCUUGCUCUGUCGGCUGGCAGACGAGCUGCUAUUUCGGCAGAUCUCCUGGAUCAAGCGGCUGCCCUUCUUCUGCGAGCUGUCCAUCGAGGACUACACCCUGCUGCUCAGUGCCACUUGGCAGGAGCUCAUCCUGCUCUCCAGCCUCACCAUCUACAGCGGCCAGAUGUUCGGGGACCUGGCCAACAUCACCACCAAGUACUCACCCUCUGACUACGAGCUCCAAGGGUUUAGUGAAGAUGGAAUGGAUGUGAUGGAGAGACUGAUAUACCUGUUCCGCAAAUUUAAUCAGCUGAAGGUUAGCAAUGAGGAGUAUGCCUGUAUGAAAGCCAUCAACUUCCUCACCCAAGAUAUCCGAGGGCUUGCCAACGUUUCUCAGCUGGAGAAGCUGAACAAGCGCUACUGGUAUGUGUGCCAGGACCUAGCUGAGUAUAAGUACCCUCACCAGCCCAAACGCUUCCCUGAGAUCAUGAUGUGCCUCCCUGAGAUCCGCCACAUUGCCGGGAAGCUAGUGAACGUUCCGUUGGAACAGCUCCCCCUGCUGUUUAAGGCCGUCCUACACUCCUGCAAGUUCAGCCCCAACACCCUCCGAGCAGGCACCACCACCUGCCUGACAACAGGCCUCAUCCCCGGCAACUGAGCCACGCCUUUCAAAACCCACCGUUCACCUGAAGGAGGGGGGGACCCCCUUCUUUCUUUUGUGAAUGUGACAGAAUUGUUUUUCUAAAUGUAUUUAUAACACGACAGAUCUGAAUGUAUUCUCAUCUAUGCAGAGCACACGCCUCUGCAAUAAGAAAUGCACAACCAAUGCAUUGUUCAGACGUGUAAGUGCAGUUUACAAGUAUGUGAAGUGUUAACAUGGUAGCUAUUUUUCGUAUAGAUUUCCAGGAAGUUUUUUUUGGUUUGGGGAUCCACUAGAAAACGCUAUUGUAACUGAAAGACUACCUCAGGAAGUAUUUGUUGUGUUUUCAGUGGACAUAUGCCUGUGUCAGUGAAAAGAUAACUUCAGCAGUCUUUGGUAUGUUUGUACUAUCCUCAGCUACAGUAAAGUACAUGAUAUACUUCCCCAAUGUGUUUAAAAAAAAAUCAAUAUGGCGUAAAUGAUUGUUACCAAAGGUCUCUACAGAUACACUGAUUUACUAAGUGUAGUUGAAUUGAGUUUUAAUAUAUACUACAUGCUAUACAUUUAGCUUUUUAAGAUUAGUUACAUUUAUCAUGGUGGGGGUGGUGUGGUUUCUCAGGUGGCAUUGGUAUAUCUACUCCAACACGUCUGCCAAUAGUGACAGAUGAGAUGUCCCAAGCUGCCUUCACUGAUGCCUUGUUUCCCAUCACUAGUAAUGUCAACAUAAAGUGGCGGCAAAUUCAAGCCUCUUUUUCAUUUACAUUUCUACUCAAGCCUUUUAGCGAGUAGAAAUUUAAGUUAGUCAAAAUUGAUACGGGUAUUUUUAAGGGGAAUGGUAAGUGGAAGUGAAGGAGAAUCUUUCAUGUUUCCAACUACAGUUGAAAGAUUUUCCGAUGGAAGAUGGCAUUUCUUGAUCAAUCAAUGAAUUAACUGAAGGACCACUCUGGGAUUGGUGAUGAUAGGCCAGUAAAGUGUUACUGUCCCAGUCGACCUUCUCCUGAGAUGUACCAGUUACUCCAGAUGCUUGGGAGGACGAGAAGUGCAAUAUGCACAAUGCUGAAAACCCAGGGUGUGGGUGUUUGUUUUUUUAAAUAGAUGUGAAAUGCUGCCAAUAGUGGCAAGCUCAGCCAUAGUUCAAGAGUAUUGUUGUUGUGCAUUCACCUCUUUCAAGAGACAUGUUCAAAGCUAAAUCCCACCUGUGACCUCUAGGGUCACAGGGAUUGUUAUGUCUGCAUGUGCAUCAACAAAAAUGUUGCAGCUGCCAGUUAAUGUUUUCUGUGAUAUUUUCUCACUCGAGUUCGUCAGAAGUUGAGUUCUAAACAGGGUAAGGUGGAAGUUUGGUGUACUGCACUCAGAAGUUAUUCAGGAUCACUUUGUUGAAUUGCGCGUUUAGUAUUAGUAGUUGUAGGUUUUGGGGGACGUCGUAAGUAGCCGUCUUUUGGGGUCUUUUUUUUCUGUAGGGGAGUUGUUGUAUUUGUGUGGGUGUUUGGACUAAUAUGGAAUAGAAUAUGAUUUUCAUGGACUAAUAAGGACACAAUUUGGGUUGUGAAUUGAUGUAAGGCUCUGUGGUUAGACUCAUAUUCACUUGUAUUCUCAGGUGUGUUACAAACAAGGCAAAAAAAGGACAAUGUGUUUUUUGAGCAAAGUGCAGCAUUGACCAGACUCAGUCAGUUAGAAGUGUUACAUCAGAACUGUAAGGAAAUAAAUGUUGUUGUAAGGGCAAACUGGCAUCAGAUCCACGGAGUGCACCCCUCCCCUUCAAAGCAUUCCAAAUCGAACUGAAUAUAUGUGUUAUAUCUAUUGAAUGUUUACAUAUUUGCACCAGACAAUGAUUUAAGUGAAGGGACUGUGCCAGAGUUGAUGGUUGUGCUAUAGGUCCUCAGUCGGAGCAAGUUGUGGCAUUUUGACUAGAAGUGCCUCUAUCGUAGCCAUUCUGUCAACAUCUUGGAUACACAUGUCUUUGAACAAACUGGGAAUUGAUGCGUAUUUGUAAAUGAAUUGAUCACAUCUAUUCAAUGUCCCGCUUUUGUCUGUUUUUAUUCAACUUUUAACAUUUGUAAUUUACUUGGUAUGUAAUUUUGUUGUUUUAUAAGAAUGUUUUGCAUAUCAAUUAGAUUUGAUUGUUUGAAGUGAAGGUGACUAGGAUUUUUCAUUUUUUUAAGUCAGUGGCUGAAUCUCAAAUCACUACCCUUUACCGCACCCCCUGGCCAGCCAUUUGCACAUACACGUGUGCCUCUGCCAUAUGCAUAAGUGUCCCAAAGCUGAGGGAGUGGAAAUUAUCAAGGGUGUUGGGGCUAAUUAGACCCUUCUAUGGCCACUUCGACCAAGCCAGAAAGGCUGCAGGCUCCAGAGGGAAGUGCUAUCCGGGGAGGGGGACAGGAGUCUUAUCACCGGCUGGGCUGAAUGCGUCGUCGAAACCUAGAGGUAAUACGACGUCAGGAAGAACUGAUCUAGGCGCCAACUUGAAGCACCGCGAAAUGUUAGGAGUUUGCAUAAUUUCAUACAAAAGAGUGGACAGGUGUUCCUAAUUAUAUAUGUGCAUUUGUUUGUGUCUGUUUCUGAUGCUUGACACGUAAAAUAUGACACAUCUCCCAAAUUAAAUGUUUGACUGUUGAGGUUAUUAUAUUGUAAAACAACGAGGAAUUGUAUCAUUUUGAAUUUCAUGCUCGUUUUAUUAUUUAAAUGUUGAUCUGGAAUUGCAUCGUUCAAGCUAACGCCGAGACCCUUAGUAGUUCUUCCUGACGUCUUAUUACCUCUAGGUGUCGACGCAGUCAGACCAGCCGGUGAUACACUCGUGUCACCCCGCAAUGAGCAGCUACAUAAAGCAUCCUCCAUUCAUGCUGCAAAGGCGUCGGUUUCCUCCUUAACUAGCUUUAAUGGCGAGCAGCCCUAAAAUACCUGGGGAAAUAUGCAUACUGUCUUAAUAAAACACAAUUUUCUACCACCAUGAUGCUACUUCCGGACGUUGCAUGCAGCCUUCAGACAGGGGCAAACAACAGACUGGUGCAUCCUAGCAUGGUGGAGGAAAAUUGUUUCAUUAAGUAAGACAGUACGCAUAUAUUCCCAGUUUUCUUUAGGGCUGCUCGCCAUUAAAGUUAGUCUAGGAGGAAAUCGUCACAUUUGCAGCCUAAACGGAGGAUGUUUUAUGUUGUUUCUAGUCAAGCAUAUUACCGGCUGGGCAGAUCACCCUGGGACGUCAGAGGGCAAACGACGUCAAAAAUAAUAUUGCCCUCUGACAGACCUUGGGGCUGCAUUCAAGUCACGAGUGUGUCCCAAAGUUGAUGGGUUUAUUGAGCCCCUCUUUACUCUCGUUUCGUCAGCAACAAGUGACAAUUGAGGGUCCUCCGAGUGAGUUGGUAGGGUUGAGGAGCCGGUUUGGGAUAUAACUAGUAUUCUGUCCCAGUCAUUUACCAGAAACAAGGUAGACAUCUUGGAGAUGCAUGGUUUGCGAUGCAUGUGUUGGCCUGUAGGUAGGUGCUAUAUGUCAGUGGUGCCCAGUUUUCAAGGGGCAUCCUGCAGCUCAGGGAUUCAAAUUGACAGGGAAGCUCUGCUUUGGUUCAUGGUUGACAUGUUUGAUAUUUGUUGACCGGUGUGUGUUUUAAUGGAUGUUGGCUUUAUAAUUGACGAAGAUAUCUUUUAAUCUUGCUCAAUUGGGGAAGAUAUCUUUUAAUCUUGCUCAAUUGGGGAAGAUACCUUUUAAUCUUGCUCAAUUGGGGAAGAUAUCUUUUAAUCUUGCUCAAUUGGGGAAGAUACCUUUUAAUCUUGCUCAAUUGGGGAAGAUACCUUUUAAUCUUGCUCAAUUGGGGAAGAUCUCUUUUAAUCUUGCUCAAUUGGGGAAGAUACCUUUUAAUCUUGCUCAAUUGGGGAAGAUACCUUUUAAUCUUGCUCAAUUGGGGAAGAUACCUUUUAAUCUUGCUCAAUUGGGGAAGAUACCUUUUAAUCUUGCUCAAUUGGGGAAGAUACCUUUUAAUCUUGCUCAAUUGGGGAAGAUACCUUUUAAUCUUGCUCAAUUGGGGAAGAUACCUUUUAAUCUUGCUCAAUUGGGGAAGAUACCUUUUAAUCUUGCUCAAUUGCAUCCUGCAGCUCAGGGAUUCAAAUUGACAGGGAAGCAAGCUCAUCUUUGGUUCAUGGUUGACAUGUUAGAUUUUUGUUGACCUGUGUGUGUGUGUGCCUUUUAAUCUUGCUCAAUUUAAGUGGUUAAGGUCCCUAACCACUAAGUGUCAAAAAGAAUAGGGCCAGAUCAUCACAACACCUUUGCCUCUGACACAAACAAUUACAUUUACGCUCAUAACUCUUUACUCUGCUGUGCUGUGUUACAAUCAACACUUUAUUUUAUUUGAGGGAACACUAUUGGGGUCUUAUGCAUAAAGCCAUUAUACACUUUAUUGAAAUGGUGACUAACAACCUCUCGCUUAUUUUCAAUACGUAUUUGUCAACAUCGUUUUUCUCAUUCUCUUUGAUAGAAUGUAUCAAUGAAAAGAAAGGCUUUUGAAUUGCAGUGAUAUCAGGUGUCAUGUUUUAGGGGGGCACAAUGCUUUGUUUGUUUAUGUUGGUGUUCUGGGUUUAAAAAAGUUGCAGAAAAAGUUAAGAUGUGAUGUUCUACUGUAACAUGUUGUUUCUUAAAGCUACAAUCCUUUGAAAUAAUAACAAAGGGUCACCCCACCUCUGUUUUGGUAAAAAUCUGAGGGAUGGGCCUGGAGAAGUGUUAGCACUCUCAAAUUCAUAGACAGAGCUAUGGAUGCAAGGACUGACUAUCCCAUGAUAUAAACAUUCUAGUUUUUGCCAUGUUUUGAGGCUAUAAGGGUUUUUUUAAAUAUAUUUUCUUUGUUUACAAACAUCGGAGCAAAAUAAGCUACAUUAUAUUUUGGAUUCUGAUGGGGUACAACAAUUGAACUCAUGAUGCGUUUAUAAGUAAAAAUGUUCAAGAAUCAAUGGCGUAUAUAUCAUUAAUUCGUGAGUCCAAAAAUUGAUGUUGCAACUAAGGAUUCUAGCUUUAACCUCCAUCAUGGGUUUAUAUACUUUGUGUCCAUGUGUCUGCCCUGACUGUAACUUUGACUACCUGUGGCUAUCAGAGCAAUACGUGUUCAAAGCAUGCAUAGAAUGUCAGGACUUGAAACUAAAUAAACAUGAACCUAAUGCAACUGAGA